AUGUAUAGUGACAGGCCGAAUAUGCGACGGAUAUGCACCUUAUCGAGGGAUCGCAGUGUCACGAAGGAAGAACAGACUUCUUUCGAAUUCUACAAAUUGGAGGUGGGCGUCAAGCUGUCCGGAAUCUUUGAGUCAGAAUUCUGGAGGAGGCUUGUUUUCCAGGCCAGCUCAGAAGAGCCCGCAGUCUUACACGCCGUUAUUGCACUUGGGUCGGCCUACAGGAGUGAAGGUUUCAAUGCGGAUCCCAUUGAAAACGACCCUUCACACGACAAAAUACUCAUGGACAAGCACGGAAUUUUUGCAUUGCUUCAAUACAACAAGGCCAUUUCUUCCCUACAAUCCCUCAUGAACAAUACUGACGUCCGCUCCUUGCGCAUCACGUUGAUAACGUGUAUGAUAUUCAUCUGUUUCGAGUUUCUCCGACGGAAUCUCAACACUGGAAACACUCAUCUCCAGAAUGGGCUGAGGCUUCUUCGCGAGGUCCAAAGUGAACAUUGUUCCAAAGAUGCCAAUGUCUUAUUUGUCAAAACGCAUCCGGAAUCAGUGGACAGCUACCUUGUCGAGGCUUUUACACAUCUGAACGUUCAGUCUGCAUUGUUUGGACAAGGACCACAAUACAUUUACAUCACCCCGCAUGCAAGCACAUCCAUCUCUUUUGAUCCGAUUCCACCAAUCUUCGACUCGGUGCAAGAAGCCCGACGACAACUAGACAAGACUGCUGAACGCAGCGUGUUACCUCGCCAAAAAUUGUUGCUCGACUUCACAGCAGCAAGAGACAAGCCACAGCGAGUUUUAUAUGAAGCCUCCGCUGCUUAUUUGAAAUCCAAAACGAACCCUGGCGUCACGCUCGGAUAUGCCAUUUUGCGCAUGUACCAUACAAUAGCCACCAUCAUUGUCUCCACUUGCCUCUCAUCAGGGCAGGAGUCCGUUUUCGAUUCUUACACAUCCGAUUUCAUCUCGAUAAUACUACAAUCAAUUGACCUCUUCCAGAAGGUGGCCCAACACCUGAAAUCGUCCCCCUCGGCAACUUACUAUCUGCGUCGAGGGAUUUUCACCGUCGAUAUGGAGUUUAUCCCUGUCCUCUUCUAUACCGCUCUCAAAUGUCGCGUUCCACGAAUUAGACGACAAGCAAUCAAACUGAUUCUCAGUGCCCCGCAUCGAGAAGGUAUCUGGGACCGUCGUUUCACAGCUGCUGUUGUGAAUCGCGUCAUUGAGCUUGAAGAGGGCAAUUUCUACCACCGCUUCAACAUUGGUGACUUUGACAGGUUUGACGUUCCAAAGUCAGACGAGAUGGUGUUACCUGUCCUGCCAGAAUCAUCCAGACUGUAUGAGGUGAGGGUAAUUCUCCCCAAAGAGGGCGUAGCCAAUGCGAUUAUCCAGUGCAGCCGUCGUCGUCAUGAAGGAGAUGGCAGUUGGGAAACCAAAUUUCACAAUCUGAGCAUGCCGUUAUGA